CUCGUAAAUAAAAUUGAGCAGCCAGCCAUCCAUGUAUUUGUCACAACUCACAACACCGCAUCACCACCCUCACACUUACAAAAGUCAAUCUCUCUCUCUCUCUCUCUCUCUCUCUCUCCGGCAUCACUACCGACUUUGUGGCUCGCUCUGCCGUUCACCCCCGUCAUGACCGGCUCUUCCACCUCUUCUCGCAAGGUUUUGAGCAAAAUAGCUAGCAAUAGACUUCAAAAGGAGCUGGUAGAGUGGCAGGUCAAUCCUCCUUCUGGAUUUAUACACAAAGUCACCGACAACCUUCAGAGGUGGGUGAUUGAAGUGUAUGGAGCUCAGGGGACAAUUUAUGCAAAUGAAAAGUAUCAACUCCAAGUUGAUUUUCCUGAGAAUUAUCCUAUGGAAGCACCUCAGGUGAUAUUUUUGCAUCCAGCUCCUUUACACCCACACAUCUAUAGCAAUGGCCAUAUUUGUUUAGAUAUUUUAUAUGACUCAUGGUCACCAGCCAUGACUGUUAGCUCUGUGUGUAUCAGUAUUCUGUCCAUGCUUUCAAGUUCAACAGUCAAGGAAAGACCAGAAGAUAAUGAUCGCUGUAAAGUGGUAAACGAAAGCCAGGUCACAUUUCUUGGUUAUUUUACUCGGUCAGAAAGAACACCUUCUUCUGGCUCUGGGCUGGCUGUUCCAAAGGAUGCUUUCAUUAUACACAUUUUAUCAAAUCUAUACCAUGAUCGUUUAUUUAUGCUAUACUUUUAUUACUAA